AUGGAUCUGCUGUCCCUUCCUCCCGAGAUCGUUGAUCUAAUCUGUUCGUUCACGCUCUUGUCCUCGCUCAAGCCUGAGCAGAGACUCCAUCUGUCCUCACGUCACUGUCUUUCUUGCGGAGUGGCCCGACGCCCCUUCCGCUGCCCUUCCCUUCUUCUCUCCUGUUCCACACUCCGACACAUUGGUUCCGCCGUCCUCUAUCGAAACGCAACGAUUGUAAUUGCCUUCGACCACCUCUGCAAACCAAGAUACACGCUCUCAGAGCUUGAAAACCGCACUGCCACUCUGCAAUAUAUCCAAAAACUGGAGCUCUUGAUCAGGAAAUGCGCCAUUCUUCCCGCUACUACACAACCACUUGACGAACUCGAGUCCGCUUGCAAACCUGUGUCGGCGCCCAUGACCAUAUUUUCUACGCUCGCCUCAGCAAUUCCAAAUGUUAAAUCCCUCGGCUGGACCGUGGGCAUUACAACGGUUGGUAUCACUGCGAGGCAAUUGUGGCCAUCCGAGGACGAAGAUGCUCUAGGCCCGACGAGUUUUUGGACACUCCCAUCUGACUGUCACUCCUUGGUAUCGCUGUUGACGGGGGAACCUGCCUGGACGCAGAAAAUGAUUGCGUUUCGUCUCUGGCUUUCUCGGAGACUUACCAAUGAAUUCCGCCAGAUUGUGCGACGAUCUUCACGCCAGUCAUCUCGGUCAAGUAGCAAAAAGGAGCAAGCAGCAAUCGACGAGGGUAUACUCCUGCAGCUCCACUCACAUCCUUCAUUGAGGCCGAUUCUCCAACUUCCAAACCUCGAGCAACUUGAUGUUUUCUUCUUUAUCUCUCCUGGGAACAUGGCUCUGGACGGAGCCCAAAACACAGGCACAGGCACAGGUCCAGGUGAUCUUCUUCCACCCGGUGAAUCGUUGCUUUCUGCUCUGGAGUACAUGAAAUUGAGACGCCAGCAAGAGAUGCAAGCAUUAGUACCAUUGUUGAGACGAACUUUUUCUCACGUGAAAACGCUGCGGUUCUGGCGAGCCCUUAACGAAAACGCGAUCAGCAAUGAAUACGAGGCGCUUUUGAAUUGCUCCGAUUAG